AUGACGACAGCCGAAAUGCCAACAAGCGCGUCGGGCUACGUCCGAUCCACGACCCCAGGAGGCAUUCCCGGAAGAGCUUCCGUACGGAUUUUCAGAAGCGAGGACAGCCGCAAGCACGGCUCACACCAGAAGAAGGAUGGCAGCUUGGCAGGAAUCGACGUGGUAGUAUCGAAGUUUGCCAACGCAUUCUUUGCUUUUCUCAGGCCUUUCAACGCUGCGAGUAGUGUCAUGUACAGAACAGAAGAAGCAAAUUCUCUCCCGAAGAGAAGAAGCCUGCCGUACCUGAUACCUCGGCCUGUCGUCAUCGCCGGCAUUGAUGCAAACGCGUAUCUACGACACGCACAUGGGAAAGAGGUCACUGGCGGUGCAACCCCUGGGCAUGAGGACAUGUGCGCUUGGGGGACGCAAGUCAUCGCCGUAAACCCUGAAAAGCUGCAGAAUACGCGCAGGGAAGAAGGUCACGGUAAAGCAUUUGCUGCGCCAGAGCGCAUUGGGAUCCUGCCCAUAGCCAGUGAUCUUUGA